GGCACGGCACCCACAAACGUGCACCUCACUGCCUCAGCUCUCAAGCGCGCAGAAUAUUAGUUACACGUACAAAUGCCUGCACACAAUGCUCGGCAAGUGCCAAAGGCUGCCAACAAUGGCACGCCGUCAUUCCUCUCCGACAAGUCGGCGAAAGUCUUCCUCGCCGGCCACAAAGGUAUGCUGGGCACGGCCAUCCACCGUCGCCUGGCCGCGCUGGGCUUCACCAACAUCGUCGGCCGCACCCGCGCCGAGCUCGACCUGACGUGCGAGCCCGCCGUCCACAAGUUCUUCGACGCGGAGCAGCCUCGCUACGUGAUCCUCGCCGCGGGCAAGGUGGGCGGCCUCCACGCCAGCUCCGCCGCGCCGGCCGACUUCAUGACCGAGAACCUCCGCAUCACCGUGAACGUCCUCACCGCCGCACGCCGCUGCGGCACCGUCCGCAAGCUGCUAUUCCUCGCCACCUCCGCCGUCUACCCCGUCGACGCCCCCCAGCCGAUACCGGAGUCCGCGCUCCUCACCGGCCCACCGGCGCCGGGAAACGAGUGGUAUGCCAUCCCCAAGAUCGUUGGCAUCAAGAUGUGCCAGGCGUACCGCGCCGAGCUCGACGACGGCAUGGACGCCAUCGUGGCGACGCCCAACAACCUGUACGGCCCGCGCGACCCGUUCCCGUCGGAGAGCUCCCACGUCAUCCCGGCGCUGAUCCGGCGGUUCCACGACGCCAAGGCCAGCGGCGCCCCCGAGGUCGUCGUGUGGGGCUCCGGCCGCCAGCUGCGGGAGUUCACGCACGCCGACGACGCCGCGGACGCCGCCGUGCUGCUGAUGGAGAGGUACUCCGGGGCCGAGCACGUCAACGUCGGGAGCGGGCGCGAGGUGACGGUGCGCGAGCUCGCGGAGACGGUGAGGGAGGUGGUCGGGUACGAGGGGCGGGUCGUCUGGGACACAAGCCGGCCGGACAGCGUGAUGAGGCGGCUGCUGGAUAGCUCUAAGAUGGCGGCGCUGGGGUGGGAGCCCAAGGUCGAGCUGAGGGACGGGCUCAAGAAGCUGUACGAGUGGUACCUGAGUGGCCGCGCCGCAAGCUUCCAACCAUGAACUCAUGACUGUGUGUAAACGUAGCUCAACAACUGGUCUACUUCUUAAAUGAACAACUCGAUCUAUGAUCCCGGGAUACAUCAACUAGAAGAAUUGAAUCAAAACCAAGCUGCUGAUAUUCUAGAUAAGCGCAUAUGCAGGCUGAUCUUGGCCUUGUUUAGUUCCAAAAUAUUUUGCAAAAUCGACACUGUAGUUUUUUCGUUUGUA